AGAUCAAUUAUCAUUGUCGGUUUGACGAUACACGAUUUGAACAGUGCGACGCAGAAAUUAUCGCUGGGAUUUGAUCGACGAGCACACGCGCAACCAGCGAGAUGAGAUCGCACGUCAUAGUACUGCUGGUUAUCAUUGGUGCGUGCUAUGCCGCAAGACUGGACCCCACUUACCUUCCGCCUAGUAGUUCCGGAAGUGCGGCUGGAUCAGGAUUGAUUCGUCCUCCAUCUGCAGGACACGGUGGAGGUGGGCCCAUUAAAUAUAGUGGCCCAGUUGGUUUUGGUGGAUCAGGUGGUGCUGGUGGUCCAAGUGGUUUUGGUGGUUUUGGUGGUCCUAGUGGUCAUGGUGGGUCAGGCGGCUUUGGUCCCGGGAGUAGUGGCGGUGCUUUCGCAGGUGGCGGUGGACUGGGCGGUGGUGGUGGCCAUAGUGUAGGUCAAGAGAUACCCAUUAUUUCUUAUAGCAACGACAACGCAGGUGACGGGAACUAUCAAUAUAGUUAUGAAACUGGAAAUGGUAUUACUGUGCAAGAAACAGGUCAUCAACAAGAUACGGCGGACGAGUACGGCUUUCAUCCUCAAGGCGCUCACUUGCCGACGCCGCCUCCGAUACCGCCGGAAAUUCAACGAGGCGUUGAAUUGGCGCUCGCCGCUGAAGCCAGGGGAGAGAAUCAGGACGGUGGUGGUAGAGGAUAUUCGCACGGAGGAGACAGCGGAUAUCCCAGCGGAGGUGGUCACAGUGGCCAUGGAGGCAGUGCGUAUCAGGGACCGAAUUCGUACCAGACAAGUUCAAGCGGUGGCUACCAAUAUUAG